AUGAAACGCAAUGGCGUUGACCUCACUGAAGAACUGAAGAAGCAAGGGUGGGAAAAUUACUUUCAACUCCUCUAUGGCUCGGUGUACACAAAUCUGAAAUCCAAGUGGACUGGCUGUCCGAGUUUCCACCAGACUUCCAGAAGAGGACGCGAGAGCCCUCUAAGAAGACCAAGCAGGCGAAGAAAGCUAAGCUGGGAGAAACAUCCGGUUCAAGAACCCCCAGUGCCUCUGGUUGGACCUCCUGGUAAGUUUGUAUCUCUCCCUCCCUCUGUAAAACUUAAACCCAUUGCUUCUUCACUUCCUCAAACAAACCCUAUAUACACAACUGAUGAUACUCUUCCCUCAACCACCAGUUCAUCUAAUCAACCAUCUAAAAAGUUCAACCUUGCCACUACAACUCUACCUGUUUCAGAAGCAGAAAUGCUAAAUGAAACCACUUCACCAUCUUCAUCACCAUCUCCUCAAUCCCCACCUUACUACGACCUUUCAUCUGACACUGAACCCUCUGACCCUCACUCCCCAACUCUGGCUCAGCUCCAAGACUGUGCUCUGGCAUCUCAAAAGCCAUCACACCCUAACCCUGAACCUGAAGUCUCUUCCCCACCUCCGGAAAAUCCAAACACAACCACUUCUGAACCUCAACCAUCAACACCAACCCACCCUGAACCACAACCUUCAGAACCAAUCCACUUUGAAUCACAACCAUCUGAACCAACACACUUUGAAAUACCCCAACCCAUUACCAUCGUUGACCCAAUAACCCCCACACUUAACCUAAGUGCCCCCACCUCACCCUCCCAAGCCUCUUCCAAUGAACCAGAAACCACCCUUCUAACCCUUGAAGAAGCAAUUACGGUUUUUGCAGAGUCUUCAGUUGAAAAGUUCAAGUCUUUGACCAUCAACUCUGGUAUUAGUGAUGAUCCCUCUGCUGUAAGGACUCAUUGGAACAGAGUGAUAAAGGAGUUUACAAGUCGGUACCUUGUAUAUCCAUGGCUCACCUUGCAACAUGAUGCCUCAGAUGCCUUGUCAUUGUUCGGCGAUGGUUCAAGUUUGAUGCUUGUUUCGCUGAAGAUUGUUGUUCUCGUUGUAGAUGCAAGUGAGGCAUCGCGGGUUAUUGUGCAGGGUACUGGUGCAGAUUCGCGCACUGAUGCGAAUUGGUUGAUCCCCUAUUGUUCUGUUGGAAGUGUUUGA